CGUAGGACAAGACACACACCUUCACGCCGUGACCACGGGACAGUUGGUCCUACAUACCAAGAUGAGGACUCCGGUGGCCUUUAUGGUAGCGAUCUUCGUGGCGGUGGCUACAGGGUCAGGUGGAGGCUACGGCUUCUAUGACAAGAAAAGCCAGUAUUACGGGACCUACGGAGGAAACUAUGGGAAAGACUAUGGCGGCUAUGGAAGCGGCUAUGGUGGCUACAGAAGUGGCUAUGGGAGUGGCUAUGGUGACUAUGGAGGCGGCUAUGGUGGCUAUGGAAGCGGAUAUGGUGGCUAUGGAAGUGGCUAUGGUGACUAUGGAAGCGGUUAUGGUGGCUAUGGGAGUGGCUAUAAAAGCGGCUAUGGUGGCUAUGGAGGCGGCUGGAACUAUGGAGGAGGGAGCGUCAAUUAUAAUCCAAACUACGUGAGCGGAGGAGGAUACAGCGGAUUCAGGCCCAGCAUCGGUUAUGGAAAUGGUUACAGCUACGGCGGAUAUGGGACUUACUACAAGCCAAGUGGAUAUUAUAAUAGUCUGGGCGGUUAUGGGGGCUAUCGGCCAUAUGAUGGGGGUUACAGUGGUUACCGCCCCUAUCAAAGUGGGUACAGCCUUGGGAGCUACGGAGGACAUGGUGGUUAUGGGGGUUCUGGCGGAUGGGAUUCUGGUUAUAAGAGCGGAUGGUUGUGAUUGUACCGCUAUUUGAGUCCCAACUGGUGACUGUAGUAAGACUGGACAAAGAAUUGGUUAAGAGAAAUGUUGAUUUGUAUUUCCUUGCAUAAGUGGGGUGGGGGGAGAAAAAUAUUACAAAAAUUCUGAAAAUAAUAAUUAAUUCUUUAAGCUACAGACCGGAUUUAGAGACAUCGCUGUGUUUGUUGCAAAAUUGAAAUAAAGUGUAUUACAGAUAAGAUAAAUAUAGUUAUCAGCCUACAUACUUUGUCAAUUAUCAAAAAGGGGAAUAUUCUGCUUCAACUUUAACGGAUUACGCCCUCUGGCCGGUUGUACUUCAGAACUAACUUCUGAAUCGGUGGAUUCUUUUUCUGACAUGUCGUAGAUCUCCUUUGACCGGGAAACUGUCAAUUCGUAGGGAAGCCACUACCUACACAAGGCAGAGAAACUCCGACACAUAUCCAGCCCUCGAGUGGGAUUCGAACCAACGACCCUAGUGUUCAAGAGGAUAGGAUCCACGCCUUGGACCCCGGCUACUGUAACCAGUUAAAAUUGGGUAGAUGUUAGAAAAUUAAUUUAAAUGUGCGUAUACUUCAAAACUGGCCGCAGAAACAAAAGACUGUUAGUAGCAACCAAUUGUAGGUGAUUUUUUUUACAAAUAUAGAACAGCUGCAUUUGUUCUAAGAGUACGGUAUUCCUCAAUAACGUCAUGUUUGAAACUUAUAUACAGUAUUUUGAGAACCACAUUUCUCGAGUCUUUGAACUCCGAAACCAAUACAGUGUCUUGAAUUAAAUAAAAGUUGAAACUGUGACAAUUACUUUCAAAGGAAUUGAACUUUCACUUAACCUAUAUUUUUCUUAGAUUACUUUAUGGUCAUAUUUCAAGUUUGCAGGAUUAUAACUCAGUGCACCAUAAUCCACUCUGUAAAGAAUUAGACAUUUAUUGCCAUACAGGAAAUGCCAUUCAGCAUUUGAAACUAGUUUUAUGUAAAUAACUUCUUGAUUAAAUAUACUUGAUGUAAUUUUUCAUUUUAUAUACUAUUAAAACAACUUAAGAAUGAGAAAUAUAACUAACCAUUUUUAUAAACAGUGAUUAAGUUCCACGGUUCUUUGAGACAAUAAAGGAAAAAUUAAACCGUU